GGGAUUGGUCCAUCCCACGUAGUCCCCACUGGGAUGAAAUUGGAACUGGAAAGGACAGGACCCUUUAGUCCCUGCCUGAGAGGAGAGAGUGCAGCCACAGGGGCUUCUGGGAUGAUGGCGGGGUCUGCCUCCCCUGCCCCAGAAUGCAGAGAUGCACACCCAGCUUCAGGAGAUGAAGCGGCUGUACCAGACCAGCAAGGAUGCGCUGGAGCGGCAAAAGCACGUGUAUGAUCAGCUCGAGCAGGACUUCUUGCUCUGCCAGCAGGAGCUGCAGCAGCUCAAGACCACCCAUUCCAUCCCGGAGGACAGGGGAAAGUGUGCUGAUAAGUGUGACGCACUGCUCUUCAGACUGACAGAAUUGCAGGAGAGGUACAAGGCCAGCCAGAAGGAGAUGGCGCAGCUGCAAAUGGAACAGUGCGAGCUCCUGGAGAGGCAGAGGAGGAUGCAGGAGGAGCAGGGCCAGCUGCAUGAAGAGCUGCACAGGCUCACGUUCCCGCUCCCCAGAUCUGGUCUCCUCCACAAGAGUCAGGAGCUCCUUGCAAAGUUACAAGACCUGUGUGAACUACAGAUGCUCUGCCAAGGCAUGCAGGAGGAGCAGAAAAAACUGAUACAGGAUCAAGAAAGUGUAUUAAAAGAACAAUUAGAACUGCACGGAGUGCUGCAACGUUUCAAGGAGUCUGAUUUCCGGGAAGUGUUGGAGAAUCCGAAGGAUUCCAAAUGGCCUAAGUCCUCAAAAUGUGGUCAUAACAAGUCCAAGAUGAUCAUCGCCCAGAUGCAGGCUCUGCAGGAGCUGUACGGGGCCGGUCAGACUGAGCAGCAGCUGCUGCAGCGGGAGCAGGAGCGGCUUCUAGAGGAGCGGAAGAGGCUGCGGGCCGACUUGCAGCUCUGCCUGGAAGAGAUGCAGAUGCUCCAAGUCCAGUCCCCUUCUGUAAAAAUGAGCCUUGAGUCCUACAAGAAAAGUUUGGGGAGCACGACCACCAGCAACGAGAACUGUCGCAGAAGUUGUAACGUCGAUGACAACGGGAGCUAUCACAAGAGUUACAACAGCAGCCAGGCCAGCGAAGAGAGCCCCCUCAAGAGCUGUGACAGUAGCACUGGUACCAGGGAGUCCUAUGGGAGGAGUUACGGCACCAGCAGUAGCUCUGACGCUUGUCACAAGAGUUACGUCAGCAGCAGCAUGGACGACGAACUUGCCGACCCAGAAGACAUGGAGCGCUUUGAGGACACGGUUGCCAAGGUGUUGAUCAAGCAGCAGGGAGUGCAGGCCAUGUACCAGCUCAGCCAGGAGGAGCACGACCUGCUGCAGCAGCAGAUGAGAAACCUGCUAGACAAGCAGAAAGGGCUGAAGGAAGAGCUGGAUGCCUGCAAGAAGGAAUUCAAGGAGUACGUGGAAUGCCUGGAGAAGACCGUUGCCUCCCAAAAUGAGGAGCACGAGAUCAAAGAACUGCAGGCCAAGCUGCGGGAGCUGCAGCUACAGUACCAGGCUAGCGUGGAUGAGCAGGGGCGGCUCCUGGCUGUGCAGGAGCAGUUGGAGGGGCAGCUGCAGUGCUGCCAGGAAGAGCUUCACCAGCUCAAAGAGAAGAGGUCCUCUGUUACCAAAGAAACCAAGGGAACGAAUGGCAAUAAGAACAUGAACAAGAAUGCCAAUGGGGUUAAAAGUAAAAAGGUGGCCAAGCCAAGCCUGGAGAGUUCUGAGGUCAGCUUUGAGACCAGAAAGAGUCUGGAGGUGGUGCUGUACUACAAGGCCAGCCACAUGGCCUUGGACGAUCAAAGGAAAGAGGAAAUAGAAGAGGAAACGAAGGAGGCAAUUGAGGACGAAACAAAGGAGUCCUGGGAUGAACUAGUUUCUGAGCCAUCAGGUCCUAGAGAGGUUAAAUUCAAAGAAGAUCAGGAGGAGAGAUAUGAAGAGUUCCACAGCCAGGAGGGUAAGGAAGAAGAAGACGACCAAGAGGAGGAGGCAGAUGAAGCUUCAGAGGAAAGCAAACCCCUCAAGCUUUCUGAGAGCAAAAAGAACAUGUUUGGGAUGUGGAAGCCUAUGGUGUUCUUGGCUCUUGCAGCUGUGGCUCUGUAUGUGUUACCCAACAUGCGACCGCAGGAGACAGAGUUCCGCCUCAUGGAGUGACGGCAGGCCUGGGCCAGCCGAGGGGGCAGAUCCACAGUGGCCACUACCCUCAGCUUUGGGCAGGACACACUGUGCCAGAGCCCCCGCCCCACCUAUGUGUUCCACGUGUCCCCAUCUGCUUAGCCUCAGCCACUCAGGCCGGAAUGGCUUGUUGUGGGGAACUGCUGGCUCCCAUCUCCUGCCUCGUGUAAGAACCUGGGUUCCUUGUAAUUAAAUAUCAGCUGAAUCACAUGAGACUU